AUGUCCGCCUCGGUGAAUCCGGACGACUACGAGCUCAACGAUGAGCAGAAACAUAUACGCGAGUCGAUGAUCGCAAUGUUCUGCGUGUCGGUCGUCUUCGUCGCGCUCAGGUGUUUCGUGCGGAUUCGACUGCAGUCGCAGUUCAGUACCGACGAUGGGCUGCUUCUGGUCGGCCUGGCCGGGUACCUCGUUAUGACUGUUAUGAUCGUACUCAGUAUUACCGAGGGUGGGUUUGGGAGGAAGACGGCAGAGCUAGCGAUUCAAACUUUCUACACGGGCGCUAAGUACCUGGUCAUGGCGCAGAUAACUUACACGCUGGCCAUGAUGAUUACGAAGCUGUCUAUUGCGCUAUUACAGUUGCGCAUCAUUGGCCAAGCCAGUGUGGCCAUGAGACGAAUCACCUUCGCAUCUAUUGCGGUGAACGUCAUCAUCGGCAUGUACGAGUUUUUUGCACUGCUGUUCCAGUGCACACCUCCCAAGAAGUACUGGACGCCGACCAUGACGACGGGUCGCUGCGCAGAUAGAAACGGCGUGGCGAUAGGCGUCUAUGUAUAUUCAGCCAUCAACCUGGUGCUAGAUUGGUACUACGCCCUCGCAUUAGCACCUAUGGUCUGGAAGCUCCAGAUGAGAACGAUAGUCAAGAUAUCGACCAUCUUCGUUCUAGGCAUGGGAGUCUUGUUUGUCUCCCCCUCUCCCCCCAGUGAGACAAAGCUAAACUUUGGCAGUGCGAGUGUAGCGAACAUUAUCCGGUUCAAAAGUCUAAUUGGCUAUGCCAGCGAAACCGAUGUCCUUUACAUAUUUAUUCCAAUUGGAAUCUGGACCUGGGCAGAAAUGUGUCUGGCCCUCAUUGCAGCGUCUGUUGCAACCUUCCGCCCUCUGAUCCGCCUUCUACCGUGGGCACAAUCUCACAACGGCUCGGACAAGUACGCGGGUAACAACACACCUUCACCUUUCACAACCUGGAAAACGUGGAGAACGCCUCGCCGGCGUCGGGAUCCUAUGGAGCUGUCGGACAUGGGCAUUACAAACGUGACGGUGCAGGAAGGAACCAUUUAUGCCAGCAACGAGCGUCAGGGGAACGGGGGCAUCAACGACGCGGAAAGCCAAAAGUACAUUUUGAAGGAGCAAGAGGUGGACGUACGAAGCGAGAGAUGGAAUAGGUUGUAA